AUGUCCACCAGACUUGGUCUGUUGUACAACAGGAGGGCACAGAAGAAAUACAGGGAGAAGAAAAUGAAUGAGAUGGACCAUUACAAAGUGCAGAUAAAAGAGCUGAAUGCGAAGAUGAGGCAAAUGGCGGAAGAGAAGAGAGCGCUCAAGGCUGAUAGGGACAGGCUGGAGCAGAUCAUGCAGUCGGGGGGUGCGCAAGUCUCAAGCAUUCCCAUCCAGCCAUCCCCUGCACAGCAAUUUGUGGAGACGCUGAAAUGCCUUUUUGCCAACGGAGCCGAGGAUGUGUCAUCGCCAGCUCACAAUGAGGCGCUUGCGCUCAUGUCAAAAUCGAGGGAGGUACAGCAGAUCUUGGUGCUCAUGUUCCCCUUCAAAGCCGCCAGGCUCAAGGCGGACAUUCAGCAGCAGGCGUGCAGGGAAGCCGGCCCCCACAGCCCAGCCUUGUGGAGAUCUACUGUGGCAGCGGCAAAUUUCACGCCGCUGCAGCGCCAGCGCCUGAUAGCCCUGCGGGCCAAGUUCCUGAAGGACAUCGAUGACGUGGUCACGGAGCGGCGCAUCCUCACACAGGGCAUCAAGGCGAUGCUCCCGCACCCCGGGAAUGCAUCGGCAUUUGCCAACACGCUGUUCAAGGCGCAGCUGUCCACGUCGCAGCUGAGGGCCAACCUGGAGAGGGAGUACCAGCUCGUCACCCACUUCAUCUGCAAAGCCGUGCACGAGACCAUAACGCCGAUCCAGCAUGCGCGGUGCAUCGUGGCGGCUGCGCCGCACCUGCCGGACAUCCUGUACAUAUGCAGCCAGCUGUACAUCGAGGAGGCCGACCUGGCCGCGGACAUCGAUGCGCUGCCCGACAUGAACACCAUCUUCAGCGAUAUGAGCUCCUACUGGUGGGUGACGGGGCAGGAGCAGGAGGAGAUGGAUGGGUCCCUGUGGCCGGCAGUGUACCAGGGCCUGGAUGUGUACCAUGAGCCCUCUGGGCCGCUGUCCGCCCCUCCUGCCGCCUCCCUGCUCGGUUUCACCUCUUUCAGCCAAGGGGCGGAUGAUGUGGCGGCAGGUGCGGCGGAGGACGAGCUGCCCACAGAUGCAAUUGCAGCGCUGCUGGCGGCUGACAGCCUGCCCCUGCCAGAUGAGCUGGACCCCUGUCACACUGUGGAGCCCGCUGCAGCCCUUCGAUGGGAGUCCUGA